AACACAUCGUCUUUAAGGUGGCACAAUAGGGACAAUAAUCGAAAGGCUUACAGUAUAAGACCAGGCAUGUACUCAGCAUACCCUCAAACUGUCCUUUCCCUGCAGUAUCAUGGCACCAUUAAUGCUGCAUUUUGCUAUCGUACUGCUAGCUUGUACCGGAAUUGUGACAGCAGCACCUCAUCCAGCUGCGACAACCACCUUGCCCCCGAAAGGCGCGGCAACAAUCGGAGCGGUAAAAGUCGACAACCCGGACGUUGACAGCGAAGGAAAUGGCUGCAGAGCUGGCUCGGUCGGCGCUGCUUUUACUACGGACAACACCGCGUUGACAUUGAUUUUCGAUAACUUCCAAGCAGCCGUCGGACCAUCCGCUGGAACUUUGAAGAAGCGCGCGUUUUGUCGCGUGAACGUAACUCUGGCCUCGCCAGGCUGGGCAUUUGAAGUCAGCUCGGUGGAUUUUCGUUCUUAUGUCAACAUUGCCAAAGGAGUCGACGUAAGCCUUGUGAGCCGUUGGAAGUGGAUCGAUAGCAAAGGGGUUGAUAUGAAGGGCAAGGUAGGUCAACGCCAGCCAUCCGUGCCGGCAAUGGGAGUGUUUACACGUGUAGGGAAAUGUGAAGAAGGUAGUAAACGGGCCUUUUCAAGAAGACUUCCUUCUGCACAAGGACGGCGAAGUGUCCGAUAGCGAGCAGUCUGUGUGCUCAAAAGCUUCUGCAAUGUUUCAGCUGAGUCUUUCCGCCACCCUCUCAGCGACUAGUGCUUCGCUUUCAGGUCUUGUGCAAGGGAG